AACCGCCUGUAGGGGAGGGCGCGUCGGGUUGUAAAACAAGGCGUGGCCAGAUCGCACAUGAGUAGAUUUCCUGUCCUGCUAAGAACAGAGUGAAGAGCGACGUACACAACACGAAACAGGGACUCAGCAGUUUCACGCCCACAUCGCUUUUCUUCAGCCGCGAAUCUUGUGCCUUUAUUUGUGCGUUAGAAGAACUCGAUCUCAUGGAAUUUCAUAUAUAAAAAUAUAAAGGAACUUGUGGGUUCUUUUCCCCAACUUGGUGGAAACUUACUAGGCUCCAACCAGGCUGCUACUUGUCACAGCUCUAUAAAAGAUGCACUAUUACCGGUAUUCUUCUGCUGAAGUCAGCUGUUGGUACAAAUAUCUACUUUUCAGCUACAACAUAGUCUUCUGGCUAGCUGGAGUUGCCUUUCUUGGUGCUGGUCUUUGGGCCUGGAGUGAAAAGGGAGUGCUGUCUGACUUAUCCAAAAUGACCCGCCUCCAUGGCUUUGACCCUGUGGUCCUCAUUCUAUUUGUUGGUGGGGUAAUGUUCAUUCUGGGAUUUGCUGGCUGUGUAGGAGCCCUGCGGGAGAACAUCUGCCUCCUGAAAUUUUUCUGUGGCACAAUUGUGCUAAUAUUUGUCCUGGAGAUGGCAGUAGCUGUGCUGGCGUUCCUGUUCCAGGAUUGGGUGAGGGACCGGGUGGAGACAUUCUUCAAGAAUAAUAUUAAGUCUUACCGAGAUGACAUUGACCUUCAGAACCUCAUAGAUUCAUUGCAGAAAAUGAAUCAAUGCUGCGGUGCCCAGGAACCAAAUGAUUGGAACCUUAACAUAUACUUCAACUGCAGUAGCACAAGCAAAAGCCGUGAGAGGUGUGGGGUUCCUUUUUCCUGCUGCAUCCAAGAUCCUGCUCAAAAGGUUGUGAACACACAGUGUGGCUAUGAUGUCAGAAAUAUGUCCAUAUCCUAUUGGGAUGAACGGAUCUUUAUCAGAGGCUGCAUCCCUGCUCUGGAAGCUUGGUUGCCCCGGAAUAUUUACAUUGUGGCAGGAAUCUUUGUAGCCAUUUCAUUAUUGCAGAUAUUUGGGAUUUUCCUGGCCAGAACACUGAUUUCUGAUAUUGAAGCUGUGAAGGCAGGUUACCAUUUCUGAAGAUUAAAGUAGAGAUCAUCUGUAAAGACAAAUCGAUUUUUCUUGCUGUGAUAGCAAAGACAGAGGAAACAAAACUCAGAGACCUAGAAAAGGCUUGAUACAAAUAGAGCUUAAAGCCAUAAUAUAUCUUUUUUUAAAGAAAAAAUGCAUAGCUGGAUGCUAUUCUUCCUGGCUUCAAGCUGGAGUUCAGAAACUUGCUCCUCUUCUCACCCAGCUAAUGAAUAGUUUUACAAUGCUGAUCUCUUGAAGGGAAGAAUAUUUAUCUUCAUCCUUCUGUGCACAGAUGUGACGAUGCAAGCAGGCAGUAAUGGACACUACUACAAGGUCCUCCCCUAAAGCGAUUACUGUCUAAGGACUGUUGCCUUGGUUUUCCUUAGAUUCUGGCAUCUAAGGAAUGAUAGAAUGUUCUCUAACAUUCCUUAGAUGUUAGAAUUGUUACAUUCCAAGCGGUCGAUGCCUAGAAUAAAGUUUCAUGAUGCCAAAUGAUCACAUCUUGGGGUGGGGGUUGGGGAAGAUACAUGAAACACCUUUAAUAUUAAAAGCUUGUUCAGGGAUUGUUGAACACGUUGACAAAUUGAAGCAUGCACUGUGAGAUUUUUAAAUGGGAGGCAUGUUUUACAGAGUUGCCUGAAGUCUUAGUUGGGGGGCCUCAAUUGUACAGAAGGAGGGCUUUCCUCUUAUUAGACCAGAUCUAAUGUAUCCAUUUCUGAUGCUAGAGAUCUGAAGAGAACACUGGAGAUAUUUCAAAAGGACUCAUCAUAUUGAAAACCCUUACCUACCUGGAUUUGUAAAGUAGUAGUAAUUUGUAUGUUCAAUAGCAUUGGACCACAGGCCUCCUUUGGAAAGGGCAAGGCUGAAUUAUGUCAUUUCUUCUUUUUAGACCUUUGUAAUAUGGCAUUAUUUAUAGAUGUUUGAAGAAAAACGUGUCUUACAAUUUUGCUAACGUUAUUUCAUAUAGUAGUAGUUCUUAAAAUCAUCUAUCUGUUGGAUUGAAGUUGCUUGUUUUACUAGAUACAUGGAAGCAUUCUUUGGAAAUGCCCACACUUUUACCUUUUUCAUGGCAAUGAAUGUUAGCAUUGGGGUCUAAGUGGAGUUGAACCCUACUAAGAAAAAAUUUAACAAAUACAAAUGUAACAAAGUCUCCAAGAUAUAUGCAAGUUAUUGGAUAUAUUUAAAAGUUCAGUGGUAUUUGAAUAAGGCAAGGCUCUUUUUGAAAAAAAGCACGUACUGAUUAUUUUUACACCAUGUAUGUCCUCUGGCAAAUAGAUGUGCUUAGACUAGUCAUGCUAUAGCCCAUAUCGGAACAAGGUUCCAGAGCCAGCCAUCCUGCACACACAUUGUGACUCAACAAGCUGAAAAUAGGCCAUCAGUCAGGUAUGGAUGCCUGCUGGUAGCCUGAUGAAACUGCCUUCAGUGCUUUGUUAAAACUGGGGAGUUGCUAGAGGAGCUGCUGCAGGUUGCUGUAUAUGGCUGGUGGGAUGCCUUCUGCUUGGUGGAUAAGUUAGGUAGGCCUGCUCUAGAGCCUGCCAUAAACGGGUUGUGUGCCACUGAGAAGGAAAAAGUAUUACAUUUGCCUUUUAAAGCAGUUGAAUUAGGUUGAAUUAUGUCUUGUGGACCAUGCAAACUUUUAUGCAAGUAGUGACCCUCAUUAAAAUGGAUGGCGUGUGCCUUCAGAUUUUUCAACCAUCCUUCACCCAUUCUACUUACAUACCUCUGUAGAACACAGUUCUAGACAGCAAAGUCAAUUAUGUGUUUUCAGGGACCCCUAGAAAACUGCUUUGGGAUUCCUCCUAAUGAAGAGCAUGUUAUAGCCAAAGGCAACAGUUAUAUAAACACUUACCUGUGAAUAAAUCCUAUUGAAGUUAAUAGGACAUAUUUCUGAGUAGGCAUGCAUAGGAUUGUACUGAAAGUUAAGUAUUCUCUAAAUGCGUGUGUAAUGCUCGUAUAAAAAUCAAUGGGACAUAAAAGUGCUUAACUUUGUUGGACUGCUUUA